AUGGGUUUCGGGAGAUCUUCUUCUUCUUCCUCUUCCUCGGCUCUGAAAUGGCUUGGUUUCGUUACAGCUGUCUGGGUCCAAUCCAUCUCCGGCAACAAUUACACCUUCUCCAAUUACUCUGACGCUCUCAAAUCCCUAAUGAACCUCACUCAGCUCGAGCUAAACAAUCUCUCCGUCGCCAAAGACGUCGGAAAAGCAUUCGGGAUCCUCGCCGGGCUUGCUUCCGAUCGUCUUUCCACUCCCGUCAUCCUCCUCAUCGGCUGUUUCGAAGGCCUUCUCGGUUACGGUGUACAAUGGCUCGUCGUAAGCCGCACGAUCCAACCUCUACCUUAUUGGCAGAUGUGUGUGUUUCUCUGUAUGGGAGGAAACAGCACGACGUGGAUGAACACGGCGGUUCUGGUGACUUGUAUACGCAAUUUCCGGCGGAAUCGUGGUCCCGUCGCUGGGAUUCUGAAAGGAUACGUCGGUUUGAGCACUGCGAUUUUUACGGAUCUGUGCACUGCUCUGUUUUCUGCCGAUCCGGCUUCCUUUCUGGUGCUCCUCGCCGUCGUGCCUUUCGCCGUCUGUCUCACGGCUGUUUUCUUCCUCCGUGAAAUCCCUCCGGCUACUUCCGCCGCCGAGGAAAACGAAGAGUCUCGAUACUUCGCCGUGUUCAACAUCGUCGCGGUUGUGGUUGCUGUGUACCUUCAGUCCUAUGACAUAAUCGGAAUCAAAACCGGAGCAUUCUCCAUCGCAUUCGCCUCCAUACUUCUCAUCCUAUUAGCUUCUCCUAUCGCCAUCCCUUUCCACGCCUUCAUCCAGGGCUUAAAUCGCGACGAACAAGACGUAGAAGGACGAAUCGACGAACCGUUGCUGAGAUCCGCGAUCGUGGAGGAGACAGUUGUCGGUGCUGCAGCGGCGGCGGAUAACGAGUUGCCACCGAAUCUUAAGCUUUUGCAGGAGGAGGAGGAGGAGAACCACGGUGAGGCGAUAGAGAAGAAGGGGCCCGUGCUUGGAGAAGACCACACCAUAUUCGAAGCGAUGUUGACCGUUGACUUUUGGGUGUUGUUCGUGUCGUUCCUGUGUGGAGUAGGCACUGGUUUAGCUGUGAUGAACAAUAUGGGUCAGAUCGGGCUUGCGCUUGGUUACACCAACGUCUCGAUUUUUGUCUCCAUGAUGAGCAUUUGGGGAUUCUUUGGCCGGAUUCUCUCCGGUACCAUCUCCGAGCACUUUAUCAAAAAAUCUGGAACACCAAGACCAUUAUGGAACGCAGCAUCUCAAGUCCUCAUGGCCGUAGGAUAUCUUCUGAUGGCUUUAGCCCUGCCCGGCUCACUCUACCUCGGUUCAAUGGUGGUUGGGGUUUGCUAUGGAGUCCGGUUAGCCAUAACCGUACCAACCGCCUCCGAGCUCUUCGGUCUCAAAUACUACGGACUCAUCUACAACAUCCUCGUACUUAAUUUGCCACUAGGCUCGUUCCUCUUCUCGGGUCUUCUCGCCGGUUUACUCUACGACGCUGAAGCCACAGCGACUCCUGGUGGAGGCAAUUCGUGUGUAGGAGCUCAUUGUUACCGUCUCAUCUUCAUUGUAAUGGCGUUUACUUCCAUUAUUGGGGUUGGUCUUGAUGUGUUGCUUGCGUUUAGAACGAAGGAGAUCUAUGCGAAGAUUUAUGCGAGCAAGAAGGCCAAGAAAUCUAGUGGUAAUCUUCGAUGA